UGGUCCUGCUAUCCUCCGUGCUCCCGCCCUACCAUCAACUUCCAAGGAGGAACCACUAGUCGGGUCGCGCGUGCUACUGCAACCCCGGCUGCUAUGUGACUCCAUCGGGGGAACUUGGUUUUGAAUUAGAGGUCCGGUUAUACCAAGGAUAGGGUUCUGGUGCACCGUAGGUCAUUGGAAGUAAAACGAGAGGUGCAGAUAGGGUGUGAGGGGCUUCGACAGUGGCGCGUGGCAGUAGGGGGGGAUUUCUCUCUUUCCUAUCCGAUCUGCCUAUAACGGGGUCUGACGUAGAAUAUGGCGGAACAUCACUCCGUUUCAGAUAGCAAGCGUAAAGCUUCUGCCGCGAAUAUUGGAGCUUCGUUCUCCGGGAAUGGACGGACCAGUCCAGCGGGGAGCGUCGGUAACAGUCCAGCGGGGGCUCUCUCCACCGCGAUAGUUCAGCCGGCAGGGUGGCAGUCUUUACUGUCGUUCACCAUCCUGUUUCUGGCCUGGAUUGCUGGUUUCAGUGCCAGGCUCUUCGCUGUCAUCCGCUUUGAGAGCAUCAUUCACGAGUUUGACCCUUGGUUCAACUACAGAUCUACACACCAUCUGACCAUCAAUGGCUUCUACGACUUCCUCAACUGGUUCGAUGACAGGGCCUGGUACCCACUGGGCAGGAUAGUGGGGGGCACGGUUUACCCAGGUCUGAUGGUAACGGCUGGUCUCAUCCACUAUGUUCUAAACCUGCUCCACAUCACGGUGCACAUCCGAGACGUGUGCGUGUUCCUGGCGCCCGUCUUCAGCGGCCUCACGUCCAUCGCCACCUUCCUGCUGACCCGCGAGCUCUGGAACCAGGGGGCAGGGCUUCUGGCGGCGUGCUUCAUCGCUAUUGUCCCCGGUUACAUCUCCCGCUCCGUGGCGGGCUCCUUCGACAAUGAGGGCAUCGCCAUCUUUGCCCUCCAGUUUACCUACUAUCUAUGGGUGAAGUCAGUGAAGACUGGUUCAGUGUUCUGGGCCAUCGGCUGCUGCCUCUCAUACUUCUAUAUGGUGUCCGCAUGGGGAGGUUACGUCUUCAUCAUCAACCUGAUUCCUCUCCAUGUGUUUGUCCUGCUGCUAAUGCAGCGCUACAGCAGACGACUCUACAUCGCUUACAGUACGUUCUACAUCGUUGGUCUGGUGCUCUCCAUGCAAAUCCCCUUUGUGGGGUUCCAGCCAAUCAGGACCAGCGAACACAUGGCUGCAGCAGGUGUGUUUGCGUUACUCCAGGCCUAUGCCUUCCUCCAGUACCUGAAAGACAGACUGACCAGGCAGGAGUUCCAGACCCUGUUCUUCCUGGGCGUCUCUCUGGCUGCUGGGGCAGUCUUCCUCACUGUUAUAUACCUGACUUAUACAGGGCACAUCGCUCCUUGGAGUGGUCGAUUCUACUCCCUGUGGGAUACAGGGUAUGCUAAGAUCCACAUCCCCAUCAUAGCUUCCGUCUCGGAGCACCAGCCCACCACCUGGGUCUCCUUUUUCUUUGACCUCCACAUCCUGGUCUGUACCUUUCCUGCUGGACUCUGGUUCUGCAUCAAGAACAUCAACGAUGAGAGAGUCUUCGUGGCCCUGUAUGCCAUCAGUGCUGUCUACUUUGCUGGAGUGAUGGUCCGUCUAAUGCUGACCCUGACCCCCGUAGUGUGUAUGCUGUCAGCCAUAGCCUUCUCCAGCGUGUUUGAACACUACCUAGGGGACGACAUGAAGAGGGAGAGCCCUCCCAUAGAGGACAGUAGUGAUGAGGACGACAAGAGGAACUCUGGAAACCUCUAUGAUAAGGCAGGGAAGGUUCGUAAACAUGUCUCCGAGCAGGAGAAGGCAGAGGAAGGUCUGGGACCAAACAUUAAGAGCAUCGUCACCAUGUUGAUGUUGAUGCUGCUCAUGAUGUUCGCCGUCCACUGCACCUGGGUUACCAGUAACGCCUAUUCCAGCCCUAGUGUUGUUCUGGCCUCUUACAACAACGAUGGGUCGAGGAAUAUUCUGGAUGAUUUCCGCGAGGCCUACUAUUGGCUAAGGCAGAACACAGAGGAGCAGGCCAGAGUGAUGUCGUGGUGGGACUAUGGCUACCAGAUAGCGGGGAUGGCCAAUCGGACCACGCUAGUGGACAACAACACCUGGAACAACAGUCAUAUAGCACUGGUGGGCAAGGCCAUGUCGUCCAAUGAGAGUGCAGCGUAUGAGAUCAUGAGGUCUUUGGAUGUGGACUAUGUGCUUAUUAUCUUCGGAGGUGUGAUUGGCUACUCUGGUGAUGACAUCAACAAGUUCCUGUGGAUGGUGCGGAUCGCAGAGGGAGAGCAUCCCAAAGACAUCAGGGAGAGUGACUACUUCACCCCCCAGGGAGAGUUUAGGGUGGACAAAGAGGGGUCUCCCAUCCUGCUCAACUGCCUCAUGUAUAAGAUGUCAUACUACCGCUUUGGAGAGAUGCAGUUGGACUUCCGGACGCCGCCGGGUUUCGACCGGACGCGUAACGCUGAGAUCGGUAACAAGGACAUCAAGCUGAAACACCUGGAGGAGGCGUUCACCUCAGAGCACUGGCUGGUUCGGAUCUACAAGGUCAAGAAGGAGGAGAACAGGGACCCCCUGGAGCACAGUCCCCGUAGCAGCAACAGCAGCAGGCAGAAGUACACCUCUAAAAAGACGGCAAAGAGGAAGCGUGGUCACGUGAAGAACAAACUUGCUCUCAAGAAAGGCAAGAAACUGAACAACAAGAAAUCAGUUUAACCCUAAAAACGACGAGAGAGAGAGAGAGAGAGAGAUGUAAAAAAUCAUUCAAAACACAACAAGCAAGUAAUCCACCAAUCAAGAAGAAGAAUAACGAACACCAACCAAUGGUCUGGAGAGACCUGUUACCUGGACGACCAGGUCAAUGAUGAUCAUCGUGGUAACGGGAGGUUCUAUGAUAACCCUUCUGUGACCUCUGUUGGGGGUGUUGGCUAGUUCCGAUGACCUCCCUCUGUCGGUUCGGGUUUUAACCUGAGGAACUGAACUUUGACCUAUUGACCUUUCGACGACCUUUGACAUUUUUAUUUUGUACUUGAAUGUUGCUGUGAGGCGGAGCCAUCUUAAAGUUACACCAAUCCAGACAGAGGCUGCAUCCCCAAAUGUCACACUAUUCCCUAUUGGCCCUGUUCAAAAGUAGUGCACUAUGUAGGGAAUAGGGUGCCUUUUUUAUGGGAAAAACUAAAAACAAAACAACUACAAAAAUAUCAAACUCAUUCAAUCUAAACUGACUUGGAAUCAGUCAGUGGCACCAAAGACAUUCCGUACUAUUUCAGGGUGUGAACUAAACUAGUUACCUUUAAAAAACAGAUGAAAGAGGAGUUUUGAAAGGAGUUUUGAUGUAAUGUGGAGUCAGAGAUGGUUUAGUUCCCGGUGCAUGCUCAGUUAUUGUUUGGUACCUACUACCUGUCAGUCUCAAUUGAUUUUGGUCUCAUGUAUAUGUUGGCCAGGUGUCAAUCUGUCACACUAUAGCGAAGUCAAAUAAACAGAUUUUUUUUAAAUCCCCGUAGAUUUCCUGUAACAACACGUCUUAUAAUUCCCGGAGAACAGAAAUACAACAAGGACUUCAUGAUACGUUAAGAUUUAGUAGUUUGUUCUUUUUUCGUUUCCUCGUGAGAUUGUCUGGGCUCGAUGCUCUUAGUACGACUGAAACAUCUCUUCUUCUAGGUUUUUUGGAAUAAGCUGCAGUGAAACAGCCUAAGAUGCUAAGAUUGUCCAUUUUGUCCCGAUGCACUUUAGCCACAACGGUACUGCUCCUUGUCCUCCAGCCACCCUUCUGUUUUUAAAGGUAACCAGUAGCAUGCAUUCUCUGGCACGUAAGUGCUUAUUUUCAGGAGUUUCCCUCCUUGGUUUAACGACACCCAUGUCGAAUCUAAGCCCAGCCUGUCCCUCAACGUGUAUCCCCUCAAUCGGUUUCUCUUUAUUUCUCAUGAUGACCUGGUCAGUUUUCACCAGUCGUCUAUAUAUGGUUUUCACUUAACUAACUCGGCGCUCUGCUUUUGUUUCUGUUCAGGUAGAAUGCUAUGCUCAGUCUGUAUACAAACGGAGAGGACUGUAUUGGCCUUAACAGCUUACUAUGAGAAAACCAUAUCGUCUGAGUCCGAGACUCUGUCUGCGUCACAAAAUGGCACUCUAUUCCCUAUGUAGUGCACUACUUUUGACCAGAACUUUAUGGGCCCUGAUCAGAAGUAGUGCACUAAAUAGGGAAUAGGGUGUCAUUUUGGAUGCGGCCUCUCUAGGGUAUUUAUUACAAGAACGAUGAAGGCUAAUCGAGAAAAAAAAAGUAGUGUCCUAUCAGGAAUGAAAUGCAGAAAUUGUAUAAUUUUUUUCUUAAGUCAAGGUUUAUUCCAUCAAUUGUAAUGAAAUGGAUGCUGGUGGGUGUGAGAAUGAAAGAUACCUUUUUGAAUUAAAGAGGUUGCAUUAAA